AGUAUGACGGGUGAACAGCAUGCUCAACUUCUAUGGAUAGAAUUCUAGGAUCUCUAAAGCUGCCUGAAGAGGUACCUCAGUACAUUAGUAUUGGUGCGCAGGUACCUGGGCCGUCUUAUCACCGCCUCAGAUGUCUGAUAAGCCAAAUUAGGCCGCCGAUAUCUCCGGCGGGCCAAUCCAAUUGACCCCACAUCUCCCCGAGUCAAUGCCCCUCUAUCGGACCCCUCUGACUCAAAAAUAUCAAAUUGUACACGUCCCUUGAGAUUAUACGACGGGUAAAACGAGAAAAAAAAAAAAGUGAAAAUUAACAAAUCUGUCUUUUCGUCUUUCUAGCGGCCCAUACGUUCUUUGCGCGACACUCAUUCGCAAAUAUGACUCCCGAGGAGUCGAUUGCCUUAAUCAAGGCCAACUUGACCGAAGUGCUCAACCCCGAAAUCAUCGACGAUGUUAUCCUCAACCAGAAACGAGACCUCAAAGUUUACUGGGGAACGGCGACGACAGGCCGACCUCACUGCGGUUACUUCGUAUCGAUGACCAAGGUCGCAGAACUCCUCCACGCCGGCUGCCAUGUCAAGAUCCUCCUCGCCGACCUCCACGCCUACCUCGACAACAUGAAGGCCCCGCUCGACUUGAUCGAGCAAAGACUCAAAUACUACGAGUUCAUUGUUAAGAGCUUGCUGAAGGCUGUCGGCGUGGACAUCACAAAACUUGAAUUCAUCAAGGGAAGCUCGUACCAGAAGAGCGAAAGCUACACAAUGGACCGGUUCAAGUUGGAAGGGAUGACUAGAAUAUCGGUUGCGCAAAAAGCGGGUGCCGAAGUCGUCAAGCAGACCACCGAUCCAUUCCUAGGCGGAUUGACCUACCCUCUGAUGCAGGCGCUAGAUGAAGAGUACCUCGACGUCGAUGCGCAACUUGGUGGUCUUGACCAGCGCAAGAUCUUCACAUUCGCGCUAGAGAAUCUGCCGAAGAUCGGGUACAAAGUCAGAGCCCACCUGAUGCACUCAAUGGUGCCAGGUUUGGGAGAGGCGCAGAAGAUGAGCUCCAGCGAACCGGAUUCCAAGAUCGACCUCUUGGAUACUGCCGAAGCCGUCGGCAAGAAGUUGAAGAAGGCUGUGUGCGUACCGAAGAAGAUCGAGGGUAAUGGUGUUGUGGCCUUCGUGGAGCAUGUCAUUUUCCGAGUGCAGGCUAUAAAAACGAGGGGGAAGCCUCAUUUCGUGGUCGACAGACGAGAUGAAGAGCCUAUUAUCUACGACGACAUCGCGAAGCUGAAGGCAGAUUACGAGGCAGAUAUACUCACACCCCAGCUGCUAAAGGCUGCUUUAACGAAGGCGCUCAACGAGCUUCUAGAACCUAUCCGCAGCGAUUUCAAUGCAUCGGAGGAAUGGCAGAAGAUCGCAGAACUCGCCUACCCACCGGAAGAGAAGCAGCAAAAAGUGAAGAAGCAGAAGGAUAAGGGUGACCCGGCUAAGCGUGCGGCCGCACUUGCUGCGAAAGCAGAGCAACUAAAAUUAAAGGAGGGUGAAUAAAUGAGUUAUAAUAAAGUGAACAGAUACCUCUUGACAGCAAAUACAAUGCAUUUGGCGUCAUAUGCAUAUUCCGAUAGAACUGAUAG